ACAUAACAAAUUCCAUCACCAUUCGAUCAAUUACUUAUCGAGCUUCAUCAAUUAGCCGGUCGACAUCGAGCUUGCUAGCUAGCACUUCAUCGACCCAACCGAAUAAUUUGCUAGUAAUUAAUCAAGGCUUAAUCAAGCUUUUGACCGUGAUGUCGCCGCCGUGGUUGGCCUUUUGUACGGCGGUGCUGCUCGCCAUGGCCGCCUCUUCAACAGUGGCGGUGGUGGCGUACCCGCAGUCAGCGUCUCUGAAGGUUGGGUUCUAUAAGCACACCUGCCCGCAGGCGGAGGAUAUCGUGCGUGAUGCCGUCCGCCGCGCGCUCGCCCGCAACCCCGGCUUCGCCCCUGGCCUCAUCCGCAUGCACUUCCACGACUGCUUCGUCAGGGGUUGCGACGGCUCGUUGCUGAUCAACUCGACGCCGGGGAACAUGGCGGAGAAGGACUCGGUAGCGAACAACCCAAGCAUGCGCGGCUUUGAGGUCAUCGACGACGCCAAGGCCUCCCUAGAGGCCGCCUGCCCACGCACCGUCUCUUGCGCCGACGUGCUCACCUUUGCGGCUCGCGACAGUGCCUCCCUUGCCGGCGGCAUCAACUACAAGGUCCCAGCCGGCCGCCGCGACGGCCGCAUGUCCCUCUCGGAUGAGGUGCUCAACAACAACGUCCCUGGCCCCGGAGACGAUGUCGCUGAGCUGGUCGCCAGCUUCCGCCGUAAAGGCCUCUCCGCCGAUGACAUGGUGACGCUCUCCGGCGCGCACACCAUCGGCCGAUCCCACUGCUCCUCCUUCACACAGCGCAUCCACAACUUUACCGGCAAGGUAGGCACGAUCGACCCAUCCAUCGAACCGUACUACGCGGCGGACCUGAAGCGACAGUGCCCGAUCUCCACGGACAACAUUAACGACCCCACCAUCGUGCCGCUGGAUGUGGUCACGCCGAGGGAGUUCGACAACCAGUACUACAAGAACGUUCUGGCGCGCAAGGUGCCGCUCACAUCCGACCAGACGCUGCUCACCAAUCGCCGGACGGCGGCGAUCGUCAAGUCUCAUGCUGCCAAGGAGAGGGCAUGGAAGGCCAAGUUCGCCGCAGCCAUGGUCAAGAUGGGCAAGGUCCACGUGCUCACCGGCGAUGAAGGGGAGAUCAGGGAGAAGUGCUUUGUCAUCAACCACCACUAGUCGACCCUUUUAAAUUCAUUCAGAUGCAUGCUUAAUUUGGUGAUAUACGUGUGUGUAGUGUGUGUCCAUCGAUCCAAUCUCAUACUGGUACGUACUUCUAGUUGUUUGUGUAUGUAAUUUAACUUUCCAAAGUGAACUUUUAUUAAUAUUUGUUUAUGUAUGUCAAAAAGAGAAGUAUGAAAGAAAGAAUAAAAUUUAUGCCCCAUAAGAAA